AUGCCCGGCGCGCACAGUCCGAAGCCGAAGCUGCAGAUCGUCGCUGUUGUCAUUGCGUCCCUGUUCCUGGCGCUUCUGCUCGUCCCGCACAUCAGCCAGUCGUACCGGUCCAGCGCCAUGGCCGACUUCCGCGCCCUCACCGUCAAGUACGUCGCUGCCUUCAACGGCAAGGACCUGCAGGGAUGCAUGGACCUGUUUGAGCCCGCUCUGGAGCUCACGGACCCGUCGGGCACGUACAAGGGCGUCGACGCGGUGCAGGGGCUCGUGUCCUCGCUCUUCGACAGCGCAGGCGACAACUUCGCCUUCAAGGCGCGCAACGUCUACGUGGACGACAAGACCAAGACCUCCCUGAUCGAGUUCACGCUCAAGCUCGGCGACAAGGACCUCCAGGGCGUCGACGUCAUCGAGUGGAGCGACGCUGGCAAGAUGACGACCCUGCGCGCCUACGUCUACUAG